GUACGCAUUGAGAGAUGUUGUAAUUGAUGCGACUACGUUAUAAUUGCCUGUGCUUUGCAUAACUUAGGCUGGUACCAACUUCCAAAACGACAUAAUGCGGUUCGCUGGUUUCGUUUCCUUGGCUAUACUGGUCGAAGCCGCCUUUUCACUCUCUUAUAGCCAGAGGCACAACCAAUUCUUUCAUCAUAAGAAGCGCCUCAGCAAUGGGACGAAAGAGUACGACUAUGUCGUUGUUGGGUCAGGACCUGGCGGCGGUCCAGUCGCGGCGAACCUCGCUAUAGCCGGCUUCAAGGUCUUGCUAAUUGAUGCUGGUGGUGACUCUGGAGGGGCAACGGAGGAAGUUGUUCCCGGUCUACACUUCCUAGCUUCUGAAUUCGAGAACACGGCGUGGAACUUUUGGGUCAAUCACUUCGACGAUAUAGGCCAACAGAGGAAAGAUUCAAAGAUGAUCUACAAGAUGCCCAAUGGCACUCAGUACAGAGGCCUCAACCCUCCCCCAGGCGCAGAGCCGCUUGGUAUCCUAUACCCCAGAGCUGGCACGCUCGGUGGUUGCUCACGACACAAUGCUAUGAUCACGAUGUACCCCUUCGAUCAAGACUGGGAUAAUAUUGCCGAGUUAACUGGCGACGACUCAUGGGCAGGCGCCAACAUGAGGCAAUACUUCGAGAAAGUAGAGAAGAACGAGUAUCUCCCCAGCAGUAUUGUAGGCCAUGGCUAUCAUGGUUGGCUUACCACUUCGGUGACUUAUCUGGGCCUUGUUCUCGAGGACUUUAAGUUCCUCAACCUGGUCUUAUCAGGGGCAACAGCUGCUGGGAAAGAUCUGGUGACGGGCCUCCUCAGUACUGUAACAAAUCUCGCCACCAUUUUCGCCGUCGAUAUUAACGGCCCGGGCCAGCUCGGUAGGCCUGGGUUAUACCAAGUCCCCAUCGCUAUGAAAGACGGCGUGCGGGCUUCCCCACGGGAGCGCAUUCUUGAUGUUGCUAAUGCAGUGAACGAUGAUGGGACUCUGAAGUAUCACCUCGAUAUUAAGCUGUACACAUUGGUAACCAAGAUCAACUUCAAGGAUGUCAACGGCACUCCCCGUGCAAUCGGCGUUGAGUAUAUUGAAGGGAAGAGCCUAUACCGUGCUGAUGCCCGUUCUGCUACAGCUCAAAUCACAGGCAAAGGCUCGGUCCGUGCUUCUCGCGAGGUCAUCGUUGCUGGUGGUGCGUAUAACACACCACAGCUUCUCAAGCUCAGCGGUAUUGGGCCUGCUCCCGAGCUAGAAUCAUUCGGCAUACCCGUUGUGGUGGAUCUUCCUGGUGUUGGAACCAAUAUGCAAGAUAGAUAUGAAAACGCAGUAAUAUCCGUGUCAGACAAAGACUACGCGUUGACCGCGGACUGUACCUUCCAAUUAACGGACGGUCCCGACCCAUGUCUGGAGAAGUGGGAAGCCGGCCAGAGUCAAGAGUCCAAGGGCGUGUACGCCACGAACGGCGGCGCAGUAGCCUACGUGCUCAAGUCGUCCGUCGCAGAUAAAGACGCAGACGUCAUCAUCCUCGGAGCUCCGGGUGCCUUCGAGGGGUAUUUCCCGGACUAUUCGCGGUACUCGCUAAGCGACAAGCGUCACUGGUCAUGGCUCAUUCUCAAGGGCCACACGCGCAACCGCGCGGGCACGGUGAAACUCGUGUCCACGGACCCGCGCGACAUGCCCAACAUCACCUUCAACAACUUCGCGCAGGGCGGCGAGGAGGACGUCCAGGCCCUGUACGAGGCCUUCCAGUGGAGUCGCAGCGCAAUGGACAGGUACAUACCCACCUUUGGCGCGUUCGAGGAGAACUGGCCCGGGAGGAGUCACACCGAUGAGCAGGCCAUCAAGCAGUGGCUCCAAGAUGAGGCAUGGGGCCACCAUGCCUCAUGUACUUGUCCCAUGGGCGCCGACGACGAUCCGAUGGCCGUGCUGGACUCGGACCUCAAGGUCCGUGGCGUCAAAGGGCUGCGUGUCGUCGAUGCCUCUGUUUUUCCUAGGAUUCCCGGCUUCUAUAUUGUUACGGCUAUUUAUACCAUGAGCCAGAAGGCUAGCGAGAUGAUCAUCGCGGAUGCGAAUGCCGGGAAAGUAUAAGGAUAAUGCGAAUGAGUGGCAGGAUUGUAAUAGGUCGCGUACAAAGAUAACCGACCGGAAUAUUUCCCACUGACGAUCAUGUUCUUAGUCCAAUAUGCGUUAAUAUUAAUUCUAGCUCAUAUAUUUAUAUAUCCAUCUAUAGCCCAAACA